AUGUUCAGACAGAUCCGGGUGCAUCCGCAUGACCUUGACCUUCAGCGGAUCUUAUGGCGGGCGGAUCUGGCGGCGUUGGUGCAAGACUACCGACUCACCACCGUCACUUAUGGCACAGCCCCCGCGCCGUACCUGGCCAUCAGAACCCUGCUACAGCUCGCGCAGGACGAGGGCCAUCGAUUCCCCCUGGGAGCAGCUGUACUCCGGGCCAACACCUACGUGGACGACAUCCUCGCGGGAGCAAACUCGAUGGAGGACGCGCUCGAACUCCAGCGGCAGACUGUGGCCCUCCUCGCUGCCGGCGGCUUUCAACUCAGCAAGUGGGCAGGUACUCACACCGCGUUGUGUCCGGCCGUGGGCAGAGCCGAACGACUCAUCUCUGGAGUGGACAGCGUGGGUGCCCUAGGAGUUCUCUGGGUCCCGGCGAACGACGAGCUUUACCUUCGAGCAGUCCCCGCGCUGUCGAAGGUCGGGAAUCCAACCAAGCGCACCAUCCUCUCAGCUGUAGCCAAACUUUUUGACCCGGCGGGCUGGGCGGCUCCCGUGAUCAUAGGCGCCAAGAUCCUCAUCCAGGACUUGUGGAUGGCCGGGUUGGAUUGGGACCAAACCAUCCCGCCUCCAUUGCGCGAGCGGUGGUCGCGCAUUCUGGCUAUGCUGCCAGACCUGGAUCAGCUCAGCAUUCCGCGGUGGACAGGGACCUCGAACGAGCGCCUCGUGGAGCUCCACGGCUUCUCCGAUGCCUCGGAAAGAGCGUACGCCGCUGCGGUGUACAUCCGGGGUGUUGACUCCAACGGCAUCCUGGUCUCCAACCUCUUGGUCGCGAAAACCAAAGUGGCCCCUGUGAAGCCAGUUUCUAUGCCGCGACUGGAGCUGUGCGGUGCCCUGUUGACAGCACGCCUACUCCGGAACACCAGCGCUGGCCUAGGGGUGCCUCUCUCGCACCUAUACGCCUGGACGGACGCCAAGGUCGUGUUGGCAUGGCUGCGGGCUCAUCCUUCCCGCUGGAAGCCAUUCGUCGCCCAUCGGGUUGCUGCGCUACAAGAGACGGUGCCAGCCGAGCGCUGGCAUUACGUCCCCACUUCAGAAAACCCGGCGGACGCUGCCACGCGAGGAUUGACCCCGAUCGAGCUGUCGCAACUUCGCUUGUGGUGGAAAGGACCGGGCUGGCUGGAACGACCCAAGGACACCUGGCCGGCGGACCGGGGUCAAGACAUGGAGCUGUUAGAGGAGUGCCGAGCGCACGCGACAGCUACCGACGGAGGCGAGGGAGCGGUCAAUGACCUUUUGUUACGCUUCUCCUCCCUUACCCGGUUGGUACGCAUCACCGCAUUCUGCCGUAGGUUACUUCACCGCGGAGCCCGACCGAGAACGACUCACCUGACCACCGCCGAACUGAACGACUGCAGGCUCAGUUGGCUGCGAAUUGCGCAGGGACAGGACUUUGCGGGAGAGCUGGAGGCCCUCUCGCGCAAUGCGCCCCUCCCGCGCCGAUCACAUCUCCUGGCGCUCAGACCCAUCCUAGGACGGGAUGGACUGAUACGAGUCGGGGGGCGACUUGAACACUCGCCCCUGGCCUACAGCGAGAAGCACCCGAUCAUACUGGCCAAGGGCAAUCACUUGGCACUGCUGCUGGUCCGAGACGCGCAUCUGCGCACUCUUCAUGGCGGACAUCAGUUGACUCGAAGCGUCCUGGCACGGACGUACUGGAUUAUUCACGCCAGUUCGCUGAUCCGCUCCGAGAUUCACCGCUGCGUCCGAUGCGCCCGCUUCAGAGGCGAAACGCUACAGCAGCAGAUGGGUCAGCUCCCGGCUGAUCGCGUCCGGACAGGACGUCCCUUCAUAUCCGCCGGCGUGGACUACGCAGGCCCUAUCCAGCUACGAGCCUCGAAGGGUCGAGGUCAAAAAUCCUUCAAAGGAUACAUCUGUUUAUUCGUAUGCCUGUCCACGAAAGCCGUGCAUUUGGAGGCCGUAUCAGACCUCACCACGGAAGCCUUUCUGGCGGCAUUCCGGCGCUUCGUUGCACGGCGAGGCCACUGCGCACGUCUGGUCAGCGACCACGGAACCAACUUCCGAGGCGCCGAUAGGGAGCUCCGCAAGAUGUUUCGAGCAGCAGCGGAAUUCGGCCAGGAGUGUCAAGCCCUCCUCGCCACCGAUGGGGUCGAGUGGAACUUCAUUCCCCCCGCAGCUCCGCACUUUGGGGGGCUAUGGGAGGCAGGUGUCAAAUCGACCAAGCACCACCUACGAAGAGUACUGGGGGACCAGCUUCUCACCUACGAGGAACUCUCGACGCUGCUCUGCCAGAUCGAAGCCUGCCUCAACUCGAGGCCACUCUACCCACUGAGCGCGGAUCCGACGGAUUUUGCGGCGCUCACCCCCGGUCACUUUUUAAUCGGGGAAGCUCCGAUUAACGUGCCAGAGCCAACCACCUUGGAGGAUCCGCCGAAUCAGGUACAAACGCGAUGGCGACUUCUAAUUAACAUGCGUGACCAUUUUUGGUACAGGUGGUCCCGAGAAUAUCUGCAGCACCUUCAGCAGCUGGGCAAAUGGAGGGACUGCAAGGCCAACCUCCAGCCAGGGACCUUGGUUCUGCUGAAGGACGAGCUGCGGCCGCCAUCAAAGUGGGCCCUUGGGCGAGUUCACGAGGUGCAUCCAGGGGUCGACGGCCUAGUUCGCGUUGUCAGCAUCGACACGGCCACCUCCCGGCUCACGCGGCCGAUCACGAAGAUCUGCCCGCUCCCGGUCGCCCCGGACCUCUAA